AUGCCCCUUCUCACUCCCUCCGGAAAACAGUUCUCUCUUCACAAACUCAUCGCCAUGUCUACAAUGGUUACGCCUGGGCACGGAGUACAUCUUCAACCUCUCAACAAUACCACCGCAGGAGAUCCUCCACGACAAAUAUAUCUUUCACACGAAAUUCAGGAAUAUUUACGGAAGGUGUUCGAUGAAUUGCGAGGUGCCGAAUCAUCUCUAAAGCGGGAACGGUUCGAAUCAUGGCUGGCAGAUGUUCAGGGACAUAUAGUCAAACUGGAUAAAGACUCAUACAAAUUUGAACAAUUUCUGGAGUCUGUGUAUUAUAGCCAUUCAUUAGAGGUCAUGAAACGUAUUCCGGAGCUAAACCUCUCAAAGCCAAUCACCAACUAUUACAUCAGUAGCAGUCAUAAUACAUAUCUUCAAGGAAAUCAGUUACUAUCGAGGAGUUCUACGGAAGCAUACAAGAUAGCCCUCACACAAAAUUGUCGAUGUAUUGAAAUUGAUGUACACAAUGGAGAACCGGCAGAGAGAGACGACAAAUCAAUAUUCUCGAACAAAACCGACCACAAACGGCAAGCUUCAGCGACUGGAAGUACACUUUCUAGUAGAGCUGCGGCAGCUAUAUUGACCGUCGAAGAGAAGAUCGAGAGUGCCAAAGAGAAAAUUGAGAGUGCCAAACACAAGGUUGCAAAAACAAGCUCAGGGGAUAAACUCAAGGUCGUGGAUGAGGAUGAGAAUGGUGGACGACCGGCCUCAAUACGAUCAUCGAUGCUCGGAGAACCCUUGGUCUUACAUGGUUGGACGUUGACAGCACCUGUCGGAUUUAGAGCCGUUUGCAAAACGAUUCGAGAAAAUGCUUUCACCACAAGUCCACUUCCGAUUAUAGUCAGCCUGGAAGUUCACGCCGAUCAUGAACAACAGGAAAUAAUGGUGGAUAUUAUGAAGGAAGAAUGGGAAGGCAUCUUACUCGAUUCGCCAUUCGAAACAUGUGAUCCAGAAGAAAGGGUCCCUAGGCUUGAUGAGCUUCUUAACAAGAUUCUGGUCAAGGUUAAGAAAGCUCCAGAGCUGAAAGAUGCACUAGAUGCUACGAACGAGAGUACGAAUGGAUUAUCUCCUGCAAUUACGGGCGCAUUGGAGAAGAAGACGUCAUCCAAUACAUUGGUACCGGUGUUAUCGAGAAAGGAUGCAGAAUCUGGACAGUCCGGUUCCGAAGACGAUCGAGGAAGUUCGAAAAAGAAGGCAAAGAUCUGCGAAAACCUCAGUAAACUUGGAAUUUAUACUCACAGCGAGCAUUUUGUGUCAUUUGAUAUUAAAGCGGCCACAAAACCUUCCCACAUAUUUUCCGUAGGUGAAAAGGUGAUUUUGGAACUCCAUGAACAGAAACGAGAACAGAUGUUCUGUCAUAAUCGCGAUUUUUUCAUGAGAGCAUUUCCAGCUGGUUCUCGAUUUGACUCGUCCAAUCUCGACCCUUCGGUUUGCUGGCGUAAGGGUAUUCAAAUGGUCGCCUUGAAUUGGCAAACAUUGGACGAAGGUAUGAUGUUAAAUGAAGGGAUGUUUGCUGGGUCCCAAGGGUGGAUACUGAAAUCCCCGGGCUACCGCAGCGAGGAUGCAACAUCCGACAUCUGUGCAGCUAUUCCUUACAAGACUCUCGAUUUGAGAAUCACCAUAUUCGCCGGUCAACGGAUCCCCUUUCCUGACGGUGAGACGGAGAAGGGUUUUCAUCCAUACGUCAAAUGCGAGCUACAUGUUGAAAGCCAAGAAGAGCUCAAUGGGCAACCAAUCGAAAAUGGGGGCAAAGCAAAAGAAGGUGAACACAAACACAAGACGGCUUAUAAAUCGGGCAGUCGUCCCGAUUUCGAAGGCGAGACCCUUCACUUUGAGGGUAUCAGGAACGUGGUGGAGGCGUUAAGCUUUGUAAGAUUCAAAGUCGAAGACGCAAAUUAUUCCAAAGAUGAGCUAGCCGCAUGGGCUUGCAUUCGUCUUGAUCGUCUCCAACAAGGAUAUCGAUUAAUCCCCUUGAAAGAUGCCAAGGGCUACUCUACGGAUGGCUUAUUAUUGGUUAAGAUUGAGAAGUUCCUGUCUUAA